AUGGCUGCAGUGACUGCUGGCACGGCUCGGCCCCCACCAACUAACCAAAUGCACCGCCAGGUGAUGCAGGCACCUGUACCUGGGAACACUUCUGCUGCCGUCAGAUUCCACAAUACAGCUCGCAACGUAAGUGCACAACCACAGCAAGUCCUCCGAUCGGGUCCACGGCCUGCUGGCGUUGGGGAUCAGCCGUACGUUUCAACACUGCCCAACUUGAGCAGUCUCUCCGAACAUGAGCAAAAACAGUAUCUAGGUGAACAGAUCUUCCGAAAAAUCGAGAAGAUUCAUCCCGAGCUCGCCGGAAAGAUUACUGGAAUGCUUAUUGGAAUGGAAACUUCGGAGCUAAUCCAGAUGUGCGAAUCAGACGAAGUUCUGCGCAACAAGGUAGUUUACUUUUCCCAUUAUGUUUAG